AUGCCGGUGCACUUCGCGCGCUGCGACUCGUUGGAGAGGGAGCGUGACCAGCACCUGGAGACGAUCGAGCAGCAACGUCAGCUGGUUCAGAAGCUGGAGGAUGACCUGGGCAGCAUGAACUCGGUGGCGGCAAUCUGCCGCGGCGAGGGAGAGGGUAUGCCGUCCUCCUCCGAGCUGGUGGCGGAGGCCGUGAGGGACACGAUGGAGCCGAUGCCGACCCCUGCCCGACCUCCGUCGGUGCUGGGCGGUGACCCCGGCUCGGCGGCCGACACCAUCCUACCCAUCGUCACCGCGCAGAGGGAGCGCUUCAGGCUCAGAAUUCAGGAGCUGGAACAGGAGCGCAACAUGGCACAACAUGAGCUGAGCCUCAAGGAUACGGAGAUCGACGACCUGAGGCGCGACAACCUCAAACUGUUCGAAAAGAUCCGCUUUUUGCAGAGCUACUCGUCCCAGAAGCCGAAGAAGCCCGGCCAGGACGUGGAGUCUCGCUACUCGAGCCAGUACGAACAGUCGCUGGACCCGUUCUCUUCGUUCUCGCGCCAGGAGCGGGCCAGGAAGUACAGCCAGCUCAGUCCCUUCGAGAAGGUCACACUCUCCAUGGGUCAGCUGGUGCUCUCCAGCCGCACGGCACGCACGGUGGCCUUUCUGUACACGCUGCUGCUCCACCUGCUGGUGUUUGCUGUCCUCUACAAGAUGGCCUACACGGAGAUGUACCAUCGACAGUUCUCAUCAGACUGCGCCGAAAAGUACGCCGAGCACAUGCUGAAGAUUCACGGAGAGGAGAGCCACCUGUGAGUGUGCCGCUCUGCCGAGAGAUGGCAGCACAGUCGUCGGCCGGUGUCCGGGCUACUGUUUGACUACCGUGAAAGGACCGGCGGCGGCAGGGGGCGGCGCCGACACAGGCAUUCCGGGCUUCUUCGGUGAAGGGAGGGGGCGUCUGGCCCGCUGCGUUUUCGACCGACGCCCCCAGUUGUUACGAUGUGUGAUCAUGUGAACGUUUAAAUUGGCCUAUCUGCUUCUGUCUGUAUGGGCUCGCUACGACAGUAUUGAGUGAUGUUAUCGUUUUGCUCCUGCCCAUAUCACGUGGAGUUGCAUAGUUUUUGUCUUAUCACGUGUGUCUGAUCACCACGAGGUUCGAUCGUUUUGCCUUUGGUGGUAGCUGAUUCCGACUUUGAGUGCUUCUUAUCGAUUCCAACCGGUGCAGGGUGACUGUAACAUCCAGAGGCUGGUCUGCGGAACACCCAAGUGGACUGUGUUGCAUAGCCGCCGUGCACAGCACGUUUGUGGUGAUUUGCGAAUGUGAAAACAUGCUGUAGUGUGAUCCGCGCAGAUAUGUACAGUGUACACGGGCACAUGCAAGCUGCGAUGUGACCCCAAAUACAAUAUUUAAGGCAA